AUGUCGCCAACAACAUCAACUACUCGACCUUCACUCCUCUUGGCAUCACUCCUGUUAUUAUUCCUUCUCUGUGCAUGGAUUCAAACAGUGCCACUUGUCAACGCCACGACCAGCGAAUGUCGUCAACCUCAAGGAUCCGUCAGCGGUGCUCGUAAAGGUGGUGUUCUCUCUCAUGAUGAAAUUGAAGAUAUCGUUGAAGGACAUGUUCUCUCCCGAGCUCUCUCUGAAGACUCUGAACAUUCAUUGAGUGAAGAAGAUUUAGAUAUUUUGAGUGAACAUGCUGAAACAUUGAGUGAGGAACAUCAUGUCUUGUUCCGUCGAUUCGUUAGACGUUUGGGUCGAAGAAUUGGACGUGCCUUCAAAAGAAUUGGUCGAUUUAUUGGACGUGUCUUGAAGGGACUUGUUCGUUUUUUAGGACGAGUGUUUGGUUUCUCGAAAAAGGCCAAGAAGAUUAUUAAAGACUCUCUCGGGGAUUAUAAUGGAGCGACUGGUCCUACGAAACACAAGAAGGAAAAUCGAUUGCCAUUUGUGGGUCAUAUGGCACGAGCUUCAUGUAUUGCUUGUCGUGUGAAUUGUAUGAAGUCUUUUAAUGCAUUGGGAGGUCCAUUGUUUUCUUCAUGUAAGACUCAAUAUUAUUAUUAUGGAUGUCGACAAACUGCUCCAUGUUUUGAACCAACAACUGCUGAGGAUUCUGUCAUUGAAGGAAUGAUUGGUAUUUGUAUGUACAGAAAUGGAUGUCAAGUGGUUCGUCAAUGGAGUCAAGUGGGUUUGAAUCCUUUGGUGUUACAAAGAGUUAUUGGUAGAAUUAGACAGUCACAAGUGAGUGCUGAAUAA